AUGACUGAUGGCGAUGAUAAUGACGACGAUGGUGAUAAUGAUGAUGAUAGUGAUGAUGAUGACGAUAAUGAAGACGAUGAUUCAUUUGCGUGCUUACUGAGGUUCAAGCACGCUGUGUUUGGCAUGAUUACUCCCGCCAAGUGCCACAAAGACCUGGGAAUCACCCUACCUGACGAAGCGAUGACCAUAUGGCAAGGACUUGGCCUGGAGAUUCUGCUGACCUUUUUGCUGGUCUUCACGAUAUUUGCCACGGUCGAUAAAAACCGGAAGGAGAUGGGAAGCAAAGCCUUCGCGAUUGGCUUAGCCCUUACAGUGUGCCAUCUAGCGGGAUACCGUUUUACCGGAAGUUCCAUGAAUCCGGCCAGAUCUCUGGGUCCGGCGUUUGUCAUGAACCGAUGGAAGUUUCACUGGAUUUACUGGGCGGGGCCAUUGAUUGGCGCGGUUUUCUCCUGUCUGCUGUAUGAAUAUAUAUUUGACCCCAGUAGGGGACGCAGAAAACUCCCUGUUGCCGACACGACGCCAAUAUACUCUCAUCCAACUGAUGACAUUAGCUCACCUAUUCAUUCAUUUCCUUCCGGCCUCACCACACCAACGUACACCAACAGCAGUGACCAUCAAUAUGGCAACCAUGUCGACAACCACCUCGUCGAUCGCCCAGCGAACAUGUCUUCGCCGAACCCUGGCGUCAACUAUGGGAACUACCCCAUCCCGGACGAAGAUUUAGGGGUAGGGAACACUUACGCCGGCCAGAGUUUGGGACGAAGACAUUACAGCACGUGUUAUAUGCCCGUGGACACUACGAACAACGGGGCGGAGAAUCAUGCAUAUUCAUUCGACAGCCACCCGAGACGUAUUCCUCCGCCGCCUCCACCGCGCAUGUCACGUCCGCCGGAAUUUCCGCCUGAGGAAAUUCUUCUCAACGACGUUAGAGUUGAUGCGUACUCAAAGAGUUAAGAUGAAAUGUAUAGCAUUAUGCUGACCGGUCAGAAGGCAAUAGGUAAACAGAUGUCAUUGAGCCAGCUUCUGGAAACAUAAACUUUUACGUCAUUACCAGUGUGACAAUCACGUAAACCCAUGACGUAUGGGCGUACGACCCGGGGAGGGGGGGG